UUUUUCCUCUGGAGAUUUCCAAGCUCACAAUCCCAGGACAAGAUGACUGAGUCCCUUUUUUCGGACUUUGGCUUGCUGUGGUACCUGGAGGAGCUCAGAGAGGAAGAGUUCUGGAAAUUUAAGGCGCUCCUCAAACAAGAGCCUCUGCAACUUGACCUCAAGCCAAUCCCGUGGACUGAGUUAAAGAAGGCUUCAAGAGAAGAUCUAGCGAAGUUGUUGGACAAGCAUUACCGAGGAAAGUGGGCAUGGGAGGUGACCCUGAACCUAUUUCUACAGAUCGAUCGGCGUGACCUCUGGACAAAGGCUCAGGAGGAGAUCAGAAAUAAACCCAACCCAUACAGAAAUCACAUGAAGGAAAAAUUCCACCUCCUAUGGGAAAAGGAAACCUGCCUUCUGGUUCCCAAUGAUUUCUACAAAGAAAUCACAAAGUAUGAGUAUGAAAAGCUGCGCACCAGCCAGGCAGGAGAGCCUUCACCCACUGUGGUCUUGCAAGCAGAGGGAAUCAGGAAAACAACACUUUUGAGAAAAGUGAUGCUGGAAUGGGCAGAGGGGAACCUAUGGAAGGACAGAUUCACAUUUAUCUUCUUCCUCAAUGGCUGUGAAAUGAACGCUAUGACCAAGACCAGCUUCGUGGAGCUCAUCUCCAGGGACUGGCCUCAGUCUUCAGAGCCAGACGAGGACAUCUUCUCUCAGCUGGAGAGGAUCCUGUUCAUCAUGGAUAGCUUUGAGGAACUGAAAUUUGACUUGGAGCAAAUGACUCAGUUGUGCGAUGACCAGAGACAGCGACAGCCAAUGCAGAUUAUCCUGAGCAGUUUGCUGCAGAAAAAAAUGCUUCCAGAGUCUUCUCUGCUUAUUGCAUUGGGAAUAGUGGGCAUGAGAAAAAAUUUCUUGUUGCAGUGUCCAAAAUACAUAACCCUCUCAGGAUUCUCUGAACAUGAAAAGAAGCUGUAUUUCUACCAUUUCUUCCGCGAGAGGAGCAAAGCCCUGAAAGCCUUCAGUUUUGUGAGGGGCAAUAUGCCGCUGUUUCUCUUCUGUCAUAAUCCUCUGGUAUGCUGGCGGGUCUGUACUUGUAUGAAAUGGCCGCUGGAGAGAGGAGAAGACCUUGACAUUGUGUCUGAAAGCACCGCUUCUUUGUAUGCAUCCUUUUUUAUUAGUGUAUUCAAAUCAAGAAAUGAGAACUGUCCACCGAAGCAGAGCAGAGCCCGACUGCAAGGCCUGUGUUCCUUGGCUGCAGAGGGAAUAUGGACUCGCAUGUUUGUGUUUUGCCGGGACCUCAGGAGGAAUGGGGUAUCUGAGUCCGAUGCCUUGAUGUGGAUGGGCAUGAGACUCUUAAGGGAUGACGAAUGCUUUCCCUUCAUACAUGUGUGCCUCCGACAGUUUUGUGCCUCCAUGUUCUAUCUGCUCAAAGAACCCAAGGACAAUCCUAACCCGGCCAUUGGAAGUGUGACCCAGCUUGUGACAGCAAGCACGAGUCAGGUCCAAGGCCACUUGUCCCAGAUGAUAACAUUCUUGUUUGCAUUUUCAACUGAAAAAAUAACCAACAUGCUGGAGACAUCCUUUGGUUUUCUCCUGGCCAAAGAGAUAAAGCAGGAAAUAACCCGAUGCCUUAAAAGUUUAAGUCAGCAUAACUCUGGUCAGGAGGUGGUGAAUUUCCAGGAAUUGUUCAGCAGUUUGUUUGAGACCCAUGAAAAAGAGUUUGUAGCACAAGUGAUGGAUUUCUUUGAGGAAGUUAGUAUUUAUAUUGGUAACACAGAAGACUUGGUGAUAUCUGCAUUCUGCCUAAAACUUUGUCAAAACUUGCAGAAACUUCACCUGUGUAUAGAAAAUGUCUUCUCAGAUGACUCUGGAUCCAGCACAAAUCUCAGUAAGAAGCUCUCCUUCUGGCGAGACCUUUGCUCUGUGUUCACCACCAACAAGAACUUCCAGAUGUUAGAUUUGGACAGCUGUAAUUUCAGUGAAGCCUCCCUGGCGAUUCUCUGUAAGGCUCUGGCUCAGCCUGUUUGUAAACUCCAAAAGUUCAUGUAUAAUUUUGCUUCUCACCUUGGAAGUGGCCCCUACUCGCAUAAGGCCAUUCUUCACAACCCUCACCUGAAAUACCUGAACCUGCCUGGCACGAGCCUCUCGCACGUGGACGUCAGGCAGCUGCGUGAGAUGCUGAAGCACCUGGUGUACAGCACAGACGAGCCGAGACUGAUGUGCUCUUGCCUCACCUCUGUGGCCUGUGACUACAUCUUCCAAGUCCUUCUGUGCAACAAAUCCCUGUCCCUUCUUGAUCUGGGGUCAAAUUUCCUGGAAGAUAAUGGAGUGGCAUCUCUUGGUGAGGCACUGAAGCAUCCAAACUACAAUAUUGAGCAGUUGUGGCUUUGCAAAUCUCCUUUUGACGAGGAGAUUCGGAUGCUGCUCACAGCUGUGGAAGAGAAAAAUUCCCACCUGACCAUUUCCCAUCUUCUCUGGGUCAACGAAGAGUACAGGAUCAGGGGUGUGCUCGCCUGA